AUGACAAGUUAUGUGUACACAGGGAUGAGUAACACAAGGCCGAUUGGCACCAUUUGUAAAAAAAUGUUCGACUGCGGCCCAAAGGCUCCAUAUAUUGCUGGGCAGAGGGACAAGUUUUUAAGGCUGGAUGAUCUGGACUCGAGACUAUCAUCCCCUUCAUCUUCAGCGCCGACCAACAAAUGCAGCUUUGGUAUCGAUGGUUUGGGACGUAACAACAACAUAUCUCAUGCUCCGUCAAGAUCUUUCAAAAAAGGCGUAAAAAAGGGAUCUCAGGGACUAAAAUCUAUUGGCCGGUCCCUUGGAUUCGGUGUCUCACGGGCUGUAUUCCCGGAGGACCUCAAAGUUUCCGAGAAGAAGAUAUUCGACCCGCAAGACAAGGUUCUCACAAUCUGGAACAAGCUUUUUGUGAUGUCAUGUAUCCUGGGUGUGUCUGUAGACCCCCUUUUUUUCUUUCUUCCAGUCUUCAACAAGUCGUCAAACUGCUUGGACAUAGACAGGAAAUUGGCCAUCAUAGCCACCACACUUCGUACGUUGGUUGAUGUAUUCUAUCUUAUUCACAUGUGUCUCCAGUUCCGGACGGCUUAUAUUGCGCCUUCGUCUCGGGUAUUUGGCCGGGGUGAACUUGUGAUAGACACUGCAGAGAUUGCCAAGAGAUACUUGAAGUGCUAUUUUAUAAUCGAUUUCCUUGCCGUGCUACCCCUUCCACAGAUUGUUGUGUGGAGAUUUCUACAGAGGUCAAAAGGCUCAGAUGUACUGACUACAAAGCAAGCACUAUUUUUUAUUAUUUUGCUUCAGUACAUUCCCAGAUUUGCCCGAAUUUUGCCACUAACUUCAGAACUGAAAAGAACUUCUGGUGUCUUUGCUGAAACUGCUUGGGCCGGUGCAGUUUCUUAUUUGCUGUUAUACAUGCUUGCUAGCCACAUAGUUGGGGCCCUCUGGUACUUGUUGUCUGUAGAACGUAAUGACACAUGCUGGCAGAGGGCUUGUAAGCACAGUGGGAGUUGUGUCACAGAUUUCUUGUACUGUGGAAAUCAAAGGAUGAAUGGUUACAAUACCUGGAGCAACAUUAGUGAAUCUGUUUUAAGCUCAGCUUGUCCUGUGGAUGAUGAGAACAAUCCGCCAUUUGAUUUUGGAAUCUUCAGGCAGGCUUUAGCAUCCGGGAUAGUUUCAUCAAGGAAGUUCUUGUCCAAGUACUGCUACUGUCUGUGGUGGGGCCUGCAGAACUUGAGCAUAGCUCUUGCUAUUUUCGGACUCAUUCUCUUUGCACUGUUGAUUGGGAAUAUGCAGACAUACCUGCAAUCACUUACUAUUCGACUGGAAGAGAUGAGGGUGAAAAGGCGCGACUCAGAGCAAUGGAUGCAUCAUCGCCUUCUGCCGCCCGAUCUGAGGGAGCGAGUGAGGCGUUAUGAUCAAUACAAAUGGCUGGAGACUCGUGGGGUCGAUGAAGAGAGUCUUGUCCAGAGUCUGCCCAAAGAUCUCAGACGAGACAUCAAACACGCGAUCUGCGAGCGUCUAAAGCCGUGCCUUUACACAGAGAGCAGCUACAUCGUGCGCGAGGGCGACCCUGUGGACGAGAUGAUUUUCCUCAUCCGCGGCCGUCUCGAGAGCGUCACCACCGACGGCGGCCGAAGCGGAUUCUUCAACCGAAGCCUCUUAAAGGAAGGCGACUUUUGCGGGGAAGAACUCUUGACUUGGGCCCUCGACCCAAAGUCGGCCUCAAACCUCCCUUCCUCAACUCGCACUGUGCACGCGCUCUCGGAGGUCGAGGCCUUUGCCCUGUCGGCCGACGAGCUCAAGUUCGUGGCCGGCCAAUUCCGGCGACUCCACAGCCGCCAAGUGCAGCACACUUUCCGAUUCUACUCUCAGCAGUGGCGCACUUGGGCCGCCUGCUUCAUCCAGGCCGCCUGGCGCCGCUAUUCCAAGAGAAAGCUUAGAAGGAAGGAGGAGGAAUUAGCUGUUGCUGGUGCGGGGUCGUAUAGUAUAGGGGCCACUUUCCUGGUGUCGAGGUUUGCUGCAAACGCCUUGCGUGGGGUCCACAGGAACAGGAACCUGAAGAGCACGAGGGAGUUGGUUAAGCUGCAGAAGCCUCCGGAGCCCGAUUUCACAUGGUACCACAACCAAUCCUGCCCGGGCCAAUGUGAAAAAUAA